UACACAACAGAAACAACAAGAACAGCUAAAGAGACGAGAGGCGAGAGGAGAGAGAGAGAAGAGAGAGAAUCAAACUUAGGACAAGAAAUAAAGAUGGAGACUCCUCCGAGUGAAGAAGAGUCGCGGAAGAUGAAGCUGAGUCCAGCCGCACGGUUGUUUCAGUCACCAAGAUUCAAUUGCUACAUAGUCUCAAUCAUCGGCUGCAACUCAACCAUCGAUCCUGAAGUCAUCAAAGAUGGUUUAACUCGCACUUUGUUCAAACAUCCUCGAUUCUCCAGCAAAUUGGUUGUUGACGACGGCAAGUUCUGUAGAAGAAGGAGAUGGGUACGAACUCCCGUGAACCUAGACGACCACGUUUUCAUUCGAAUCCUGGGCUCGAAGAUCGAAAAUCCAGACCAGUUCGUCGAAGACUACAUCUCCCAUCUCACGACGACGCCUCUCGACCUCUCCAAGCCGCUAUGGGAGCUCCAUCUCCUCAACCUCAAGACCUCCGACUCCGAAUCCCUAGGAAUCUUCCGCAUCCACCACUCAGUCGGCGACGGCGCGUCUCUCAUGUCCCUCCUCCUCGCCUGCACGCGCCGCACCUCCGAUCCCGACGCGCUCCCGACCCUCCCGGCGCCGUCCAAACGGCCGCCGCCGCCGGAUUCCGGAGAUUUCUCCGUCCGGUUCUUGAGGUUCUUGAUGGCUAUCUGGUCGGUGAUCACUUUGAUCUGGAACACGUUUGUGGAUGUGACAGUGUUUGCGGCGACGAUUCUGUUUCUGAGUGAUUCGAAGACUCCGAUCAAAGGUCCGCCGGGGGUUGAGCUCUCCACCAAGCGAUUCGUUCACCGGAGUAUUAGUCUCGGCGAUAUCAAGUUCGUCAAGAACGCCAUGAAUACGACGAUUAAUGAUGUUUUACUGGGAGUGACGCAAGCUGGUCUUUCGCGGUAUCUGAAUCGCAGAUAUGCUCAAAUUGAGAAAGAUGAGGGAACAAACAAGAAGACAAAUUUUCUUCCUAAAAAGAUUCGUUUGAGUUCAACUGUUCUUGUUAAUCUAAGACCAACAGUGGGGAUUCAGGCUCUGACAGAUAUGAUGGCUAAGAAUUCGAAGGCUAAAUGGGGCAAUUUGUUGGGUUACCUCCUGCUCCCCUUCAACAUUGCUUUACAAGAUGACCCGUUGGAUUAUGUUCGUCAAGCCAAAGCCACUAUUGAUCGAAAAAAGCACUCCCUUGAAGCUAUUUGCACAUACUUAUGUGCCCGAUUUCUACAAAAAAUAUUCGGAGUUGAGAUAACUGCAGCUACAGCACGAAGAGCCAUUUCUAACACUACAGUGGCCUUCUCAAAUAUGAUGGGUCCAUUAGAAGAAGUUAGCUUUUAUGGCCAUCAAAUUUCUUACCUUGCUCCGAGCGUUUACGGCCAUCCACAUGCAUUAACAAUCCAUUUCCAGAGCUAUGUUGACAAGAUGACUAUUAUUUUGGCAGUGGACCCGAAUGUGAUUCCUGAUCCUCAGCAAUUGUUUGACGAUUUUGAGGAUUCUCUUAAACUCAUUUGCGAAGCUGUUAUAAAACAGGGCCUCAACAAGGAAACUGUCUAAUUGAAAAGGAGGGGAAAAAAAAUCUUUUUUCCCCUACUGAGUACUGAGAGUGCUGUAUAUUACGCCAUUAUGUUUAAAAGAAUUGUCAGUUUAUAUAUAUAUAUAUUUCAUUUUAGUCCAAAAGAUAUGUUGUUCCUACUUCCUAGAGGACAAAAGUAUCUGUCGUUAUGUGGCUAAAGGACAACAAUGAACAAACUUAACGACAGAAAUGUUUAGACCAUGAACAAAAUAUCAUUUUGACUUGACGACAGUUAAAAGGUAAAGAAGAAACAAACAUGUUUGGUGUAAGGAAACCGAGCUCUAAAGCAAUUUGAAAUGUCCUCAUUGUAUUGUAACGACAGGGAAUUUGCAAACGAUUUGACGCGUGCUGUUUUUAUACAUAUACAGCAAGCACUAUGUGUUGCUUUUCCAACCAAACG